ACCUGCAGGGUGGUCUGGCCAUGCAAUUCAGGUUCUCUCCUGACAUGGUGUGUGUUCUCUAGGUUACUGAUUCCAUCUGCUGGGUGUGGUUGUUGUUGGGGCUCCACAACAUCCUGCAGGGUUUCCUGUGCCUUGGAGGAGCUCUCCAGCUGGUGGGGAAGGAGACAGGUUGAUGGAGUCAACCUGUUGAUGGAGGCUCAGGCCGGGGCUGGGACACAGAGCACUCAAGCCCCGUGCCUUUCUCCAGGACUUACCUGCCGGUCCUCUUGGUGCUGGCUGCUGCAACCGCAGCACCCAAGAGCGGCCUCGUUGACCUGCCCUGACCUCCACCAAACACUUCUCCACGUGUUGGAGGGGCAGACCCCACCCUUCCUGCCGCUGAGCCACAGCCUGGGGAGUUGGGCGAGGAAGCAGCAGCCAGGCAGCAGGGCUCAGCUAGGCCCGUGGGGACCGCUCCGUGUGCCUCCUGCACCCAUCCCUUUGCUGGGGGUGGGGGAUGUUUGCUUCCUGACUCUAGCUUCCCCCCUGCAGACAUACAACACCAAUGCACAAGUCCCCGACAGCGCGGGCACUGCCACCGCUUACCUGUGUGGGGUGAAGGCCAAUGAGGGCACUGUGGGGGUGAGUGCGGCCACCCAGCGUUCCCAGUGUAACACCACACAGGGCAAUGAGGUCACCUCUAUCCUGCGAUGGGCCAAGGACGCUGGGAAGUCUGUGGGCAUCGUGACCACCACGCGAGUGAACCAUGCCACCCCCAGUGCUGCUUAUGCCCACUCGGCUGAUCGGGACUGGUACUCGGACAACGAGAUGCCCCCAGAGGCCCUGAGCCAGGGCUGUAAGGACAUCGCCUACCAGCUCAUGCACAACAUCAGGGACAUUGACGUGAUCAUGGGUGGCGGCCGCAAGUACAUGUAUCCCAAAAAUAGAACUGACGUGGAGUAUGAGAUGGACGAGAAGGCCAGGGGCACGAGGCUGGAUGGCCUGGAACUCGUUAACAUCUGGAAGACCUUCAAACCCAGGCACAAGCACUCCCACUACGUCUGGAAUCGCACCGAACUCCUGGCCCUUGACCCCUAUUCCGUGGACUACCUCUUGGGUCUCUUUGAACCGGGCGACAUGCAGUACGAGCUGAACAGAAACAACAUCACUGACCCGUCGCUCUCCGAGAUGGUGGAGGUAGCCAUCAAGAUCCUGAAGAAGAACCCCAGGGGCUUCUUCCUUCUGGUGGAAGGCGGCAGGAUUGACCACGGGCACCACGAGGGCAAGGCCAAGCAGGCACUUCAUGAAGCCGUGGAGAUGGACCGGGCCAUCGGGAAGGCUGGCACCAUGACCUCGCUGGACGACACUCUGACCGUUGUCACCGCUGACCACUCCCACGUCUUCACCUUUGGGGGAUACACACCCCGUGGCAACUCUAUCUUUGGCCUGGCCCCCAUGGUGAGCGACACAGACAAGAAGCCCUUCACAGCCAUCCUGUACGGAAACGGACCAGGCUACAAGGUGGUGGGCGGGGAGCGAGAGAACGUCUCUAUGGUUGACUACGCUCACAACAACUACCAGGCCCAGUCUGCCGUGCCCCUGCGCCACGAGACCCACGGCGGGGAGGACGUGGCUGUGUUUGCCAAGGGUCCCAUGGCACACCUGCUGCACGGCGUACACGAGCAGAACUACAUCCCCCACGUGAUGGCGUACGCGGCCUGCAUCGGCGCCAACCUGGACCACUGUGCCUGGGCCAGCUCUGCGGGCAGCCUCGUCCCAGGUGUCCUGCUUGUCCCGCUGACCCUCCUCCUCUUGAGCAGCCUGUUCUGAGGGCCCACAGCCCUGGGCACCCACGAGCCCAAGACAGAAGCAGCCUCCUUCUCCGGUGCUGUCCACUGCCCAGCAGCCCACACCUCAAGGGGCAGGGAGGCCUAGGCCUCUACUGCCUCUGCGACUGCCAGAAAGGGGACCCAGGAACCAAAGUCUGCCGCCUGCCUCACCCCCUUUUCUGGGGUCCUCAAGGGGCCACGCCUGGCCUCCACUCUGCCUGCUCCCCUCUCCUCUGCCCUUUGGGCAGAGAGCACAAACAGCAGAGGCGUCUUAUUUUUCUAGCAAACACACUUCUUCUGGCCCAGAAGCCCUGGAGCCUCCAUGGAACGUUCUGGAUCCGACUUCGCAUUCCCCUCUCCAUUCCCCUGGAGCCCCCUGGGCCCGGUCAUGCCCAUGGCCCCGUGCCCAAGCCCUGCCCCCCUGCAGGGGUGCACCCAGGGCUCCGCCAAGGCUACCCAGCGCUCCCAGGAAGCCACCUCCCAGGGCUGGCACCUACCCCGGGACGGCCGGGCUGGAAAGACCCACCCGGCGGGGCACCCGCGCCCAGCCACAAACACAAGGGCCAGCUCCUCUCUGAAGCGACUCUCCUGUUUGGAAUGGCAAAGAAAAAAAAAAUUUUUUUUCUCUUUGGUGCUGGUUCAAAGGGAACAACAAAACAUUUAAAUAAAACUUUCCAAAUAUUUCUGAGGACAGAGCUGUGUCUUUGUGGUCAGUGAGGGAGAGGCUGAACUGGGCCCAUGUCUCUGG